ACGGCUAAUGAGCGCCGUAGAGAAUGAGAAGGAUAGAAAGUCACGCUUGCCUUAGAAAUACGAAUAUUAAGCUCUGGAUGGCUGUAAUGUAAACCCCGCCUGAGUUUUUCAGGGGCUAUGGAAUUUUAUACUUCAGUUUAGCGUAUAUAACGAUAAGAAAACAACAUUGUUAGAAAGGAAACGAACAUGCUACAUAGAACAUGCCUGUUUUCCUGACGAGACGCCUAGAGAGGAAGAGAAGAAAAAUUCUCAUGCACCAGUGGCUGCUGCUUCUAUUUCAGAUGCCUGGCAUCACUGUGGUGAUGGAUUUCAGAUUUCAUCUUCAUUGGAGCUUCCCAAACUCUUAUAGUAGCUGUUUUUUGCAUCUACUUCACUUUGUUCAUGUCCAUUUUCAAGUAGACUCCCAAAUCAGGCUAAAGAAUCUUUAAGAAAACCAGUUAGCGCUAAAAAGUCUUUUGCAUCAUUGCUUAGCUCAAGUGAAGAAAUCUCUAAAACUGAGAAUCUUUGUGAAUUUACUGACAUUAUAUGGAGUUCCAGUGGUAGUGAUUUUUCAGAUGAGGAAAAUGACAUUGCCGCCUCAGAUUUUCUUUAUAUGAAAAUGAAGAAAUAUAGAAAGUAUGCCUUGAUCUCCAAGGAAGUAUGUAAUAAAGAACCUGAAUUCAUUGAGUGGAAGAAUGAUAGUGAUUAUGAGCAUGAUGAACAAUGUAGUGAAUCAGAAGGUAAUGAAGCUCCUUUGGAUAUAUUGGACACAGAUUCGUGCCCAAACAGCACUUUCAAAGCGGAUGGAGAGAAGGAAGAUGAACCCUCAAAGAUUUCAGAAUAUCCAUCAGAUGAUGACAAUUUUGAAGGAAGCAAUGUAGAAACAGAAGCUACUAAUUCAGAGUUUCCUAAAAAGUUCCAGUUCUGUUUUGGAGUAGGGUUUGAAACAGACACAGGAAGAUCGGCCACUGACUGGCUAAAAUCUGUUCAGACCCUUCUACAAACUCCUAAGAAAAAAAUAGAAAAAAGUUUGAAGACUCCAGAAGAUUCUGCAAAAAAAAGAAAAUUGCUGAGGGGAGGGCUAGCAGAAAGAUUGAAUACACUUCAAAACAGAAAGAGAUCCGCAGUAAACUUUUGGAGGCAUCAAUGUACCUCUCACCAUGAAACACCAUCAGGUGGCAAACCUGGUGUAUUAAUUGUGAAGAUCUUAGAAAUGCAUGAAGAAUGUACUCUUUGCAUAGCUAUCUGUCAUCAACUGGGACAAAUUUGUGCUGAUGGUUCUAUCAUAAAAGAAAUAGUUGAAAUUCAGCCAAGACUUAAAGUUCUUUUUGCAAAAGAAACAACAGCUCAUUUGAAGGCAGUACCACAGGACGUCAUAUAUAUUCAUCCUCCUUGGCAAAAACUCUUUCUGCGGAAUGAAAAUAUUCCAGUUAUCCUGAAUACAUAUUUCAGUCAAAAGAUCACUCUUAAAGAAUCAACAGAUAUAUCUACUGAUAUGGACAAGCCCCUCUUGCAUGAGCCAAUGCUUGCUAAAAGGAAUGUAUCUUUAGCCUGGGUAUUUAAUUUAUCUGAUAUAAAAGACAAUUGCUCUUUAACACAUGCAAAUCAGGUAUCGGUUAUUUCCUUGAAUGAUUCUCUUCUUGAUGUUGUGGAGAUGCAAGGGACAACUGAAAGCACUGCAAUCCAAGUCCAAGUAGUUAUUCAGAGAGUCUAUUAUUUGGUUAUUGAAGAUGGUUUCAGAUGUCAUCGUCAGGGAAGUAAUCCUCCUCAGAACAUGGCACCAUUUUUAAAAUCAGACCUUCAGAAUUUAAGGUUGUGUCUGCUGGUUCAGGACACCUAUGGAAUAUUUAGUGAAAUACAGCUUCCAGUUCUAUGUUCCUCUUCACAACUGAUAGAACAAUAUAGAAAAAAAUGGGAAGGCAAGUGCUGUCUUGUUUCUAGACUGAAAAUUUUGCGAAGAGUCACCAGGGGAAGAACUCUAGGACUUUUUAGUCUGAUUGACAGUCUAUGGCCACCAUUAUUACCUCUUCAAGUUCCGGACAAGAGACAAGGAAAUAAAGCACACCUUACUGCAAACCAGAUUCCUCCAAGUUUCUGUUACAUUCUUGCUGCUUCUGCUGAUUACAUUGAUGCAGAUGAAAGAGAACAAUUGUCAAAUUUAUAUUUUCCCCCAGCUGUUCAUAGUCUCGAGGAAAUUUACCAGAUGGGUGAUUUACCUCAGCGUUGCAGUUUUGGGGCAUAUGUUAUAUAUCGAAGACUGCAGGAAAUGGCCAGCACUUCCCCAGACCAAAGGCAAUUUUGGCUAUUUGUCACUGAUUUCUCACUGCAAAGAGAGUCUGAGAACAAUUCUGGAACCCCCAAAACGCUACCUGUCUCAGUUUCUUCAUCAUGUGUGAUUGAUGUGGAAGUAAUGGAAGCAUUCAAGAGCUCAUCCCCUUGUAUUGUUUUCUUCAAGGAUGCUAUGUGUAGAAAUGGUAAGAUUAUUUGCAUUGAACGUACAGUUCUCUUGCUACAAAAGCCCCUUUUGUGUAGGACUGCUGGUGCUGACAUCACUGAACUGACUGGUCCUGUCAAACUAGAUUAUCUGGAUUCUACUACUCAAAUUAAUUCUAUUUGUACUGUAAGAGGUACUGUAGUUGGGAUUAAUGAGAGAACUGCUUUCUCUUGGCCUAUAUGUAACAGAUGUGGCAAUGAAAAAAUAGAUCAGGAUCCACAAAACAAAGGGUUACUCUAUUGCAGCCAUUGCUGUGAAGUUGUAACUUCACCAGUUAUCAAGAUGCAUCUGGAAGUCUUUCUGAAUUGCCAAUCUCAAUCAAAUUCCACAAUAAAAAUCAAGCUAUUACAGAAGUCUAUUUCUUCACUUCUAGAAUCGGCAACCAUGGAUGAUGGGAGUUAUGAAGUAACGAGUGUGCUGAGGAAAGAGGUGGGGUUUUUGAAUUGUUAUGUCCAAUCUAUAACCAGCCACCCAUCUAGUUGUAUUGGAUUGGAAGAAAUUGUUCUCUCGGAGGCCUGAAAGAACUGAAGGGAAUAUUGUCUGCUUCUGUCUGUGAUUUUUCUAACAUAUUUGUAAUUGUUCUCAGCUCUUCUAUGCUGCUUUUGAAACCAAACUGUUAUGCCUUUUUAAAAAAAUACUCACAUUAGGCACGUGUCAAGGAACAGUAACCAUGAACAAAUCUCAAUUCAAGUGCAAUUUUCAUUUCAAUGAGAGGAGCACAUUCUUAAAUCUUUUCUCAUGAAAUCAAUGGAAUUCACAUACACACGUCUGGUCCUCAUAUAGCCCUCAAAAAGAAACCUAUUUUUUUCCAGCAGUUUUUUGUUUGUUUAUUUGUUUGUUUCAUUCUGGAGGUUAUAUUUUGUAAUGAGUUCAGGGUAGAAAUAAUUUUUGACUAACUAAAUGUUAAAUGUAAGUUUUUGAAAGGUUUUGAAAUUAACUUCCAAGUUGUUAAUUUAGAGAUACGUUUUCUUAAUUGACUCACAUAUAAAUACUAUUAGGAUUUCAUGUAGGCUAAGUGUUCAGAUACAGUUUGUCUGACCUGACGUACCAUGUAUUUUUUAUCAUUACAAUUAAAUAUUAUGAAAGAAGAGUAUAUGUGAACACAGGCAUAUGUUCAGCAAUAAUCAUUAUUUAAAUAAGAAAUUAUUUAGAUCUUUAUAUUUUUAAACCUUUCUAUAAAGUAGAUUAAUAUAUUGUAAUUAAAAUGGUUAUACCUUCUGCUUGUACAUUUCGAUUUGUGGAUGGAAUUAUUAUUUGAUGCUGAAACACUGGAAUCAUUUAGUAUCAGAUUCAAAUUCCUGUAAUUUCUUUUAAACAGAACUUGGCAUGCAUGGGAUUUCCUGUUAUUUGCAUAAAAUAUUCCCAUACUCAGCAGCUGGAUCUGGAUUUUUGUGUUUAGAAGAUGUAGUUGUGGAGGACAGAUGUGGGGGACAGGGACAUUUAGAGGAAUCUGGGAUCCUAUAAUGUAUAGACUUCCAUAUAGAUAGAUAGAUAGAUAGAUAGAUAGAUAGAUAGAUAGAUAGAUAGAUAGAUAGAUAGAUAGAUAGAUAGAUAGAUAGAUAGAUAGAUAGAUAGAUAGAUAGAUAGAUAGAUCGAUCGAUCUUUGGUUAUUCGGGUUUUCUCCCGCGUAAAAUUGGAAGUGUCUUGGCGACGUUUCGACGAAGUCUCAUUCGUCAUCUUCAGGCUUCAGCUUCGUGCUUCUGGGAGCAAUGUGUGACUGCAGCUGUUUCUUCCUUUUUAACUGCUAGUUAUAUAUAUAUAUAUAAUCAAGCUGUUAAUUUCUCAAAAUGAUGAUUCUGUUGACUAGCUAAUUGUAUUUAGUGGGUGACUAGGUGACAGUUAGCCAAGGGAAAUAAAUUUAGGUACUGUAGAGAACAAAAUGAUUUCUGUUGAGGACACCCUGAUAGACAGAAAGGCAGAGAAUGAAGUUUAAAUCAAUCAUGGUACAGGUAGUCCUGUGAGCUCAAAAUUUUUGUUGCUAAGUGAGGCAGUUAAGUGAAUCUUGUCCUGUUUUACAUCUUUUCUUGCCAUAGUUAACUGAAUCACUGCCGUUAUUAAGUGAAUCGGGCUUCCCUGUUGACUUUGCUUCCCAGGUUACAAAAGGUGAUCACAUGACUCUGGGAUACUGCAACUCUCACAAAUAUGAGCCAGUUGCCAAGUACACGAAUUUUGAUCACAUGAGCAUGGCGAUGCAAGUUUUAAAUGUGAAAAAUGGUCAAAAGUCACUUUUUAGUGCUGUUGUAGCUUCAAAUAGUCACUAAACAAAUGGUUGUAAAUUGAGGAUUACCUGUAGACAGCUCUCGACUUACAACCAUUUAUUUAAACCAUAAAUUCAGGCACUUGGCAACUGGCAUGUAUUUAUAAAAGUUGUGCUGUUCUGAGGCCAGAUUCACUUAAUGACUGCAUGAUUCACUUAACAACUGCAAUGAUUGCUUAACUGUGACUAAAAGGUCAUAAAUUGGAGCAGAACUCACUUAACUACCUUGCUUAGUAACAGAAAUUUUGGCUUCAGUUGUGGUCAUAAGUCAAGGACUACCUUUAUUUUGAACUUUAUUGGUAACUUUGGAAGCCAUGGCUGUUAUGCCUUCUCUUUGUAUCUUGCUGCAGAAGAAUAUACAUGUGAUAUAUUAUAUACAAAGUUUCAUGUAAUCUUAAAAAGCGUUUCUAAAACCAUUUAAGUGUGUAAAUCAGAGCAGUGGAAUUAUCUUGUAACAUCACCAUUCCAAAUUUCACCCUUCUCUCAUGUACUUUUUUUUUUAGAAAUAGCCCAAUCUGUUUUGCAAAUGGAAAAAUAACCUUUAUUUUUCCCUUAAA